GUUUGAGUGUACCUGAUGAACAAUUUUGCGCAUGCGUUGUAAAUCAUAAUAAUCGCCAUUUUCCUGGACACCUCUAUUCGAGUUCGCAGAAAGAUGACAGCAUUUGCCGAUCAUUUUUGGGGGGAGAAAAACAAUGGAUUUUUUGUUUUGAACCAUAAUAUGAAACAAGGGCAGAUAUCAUCAAAAGAGUUUAUAGAAUUUCUCAGAGACAGUUGUUCGGUAGAAGAAGCUUACAGUAAAUUGUUGACCAAGUUAUCAAAAUCUGUCUCCAACAACACACAUACAGGCACAUUUGCUCCCUUUUGGAAUGUGUUGAAGACACUUGCUGAAAAGAUUUCUAUGCUGCAUCUUCAACUGGUGCACUCGUUGAACGACCUGAUAAAGGAUGUGGGUCGAUAUAAUGACGAACAAAGCAAAAAGAAUAAAACGGUAAAAGAAAAAGAAGCUAGUACCCUGGAGACAGUGAACAGUAUUCAGCACACAACAACUGCCCUCCACAAGGCAAAGGAAAUAUAUCAUACAAGGUGCUUAGAAUUGGAACGAUUAAAGAGAGAUGGCUCAUCUCAAAAGGAGAUUGAAAAGGCAGAGACAAAAUACAAGAAAGCAAGUGAUGAUUACAGAACUUUGGUAGAAAAAUAUGCAACAGUUAGAAAUGAUUUUGAGGCGAAAAUGAUGGAGUCUUGUAAGAGAUUUCAAGAACUAGAGGAAGAACAUAUUUGUCAGAUGAAGGAUUUUGUGGAUUCUUUUGCCAAGGCUUGGGAAAACGAACAUGUCAUGCUGGGCCAGGUCCACCAGGAAUUCCGCCAGAGUUGUGAUGAAUUAACUGUGCUUAAACUUCUUGAAACUUUCAUUAAUUCAAAAAAGACAGGUGAAGAAAAACCAGGACCAAUAGAGUUUGUAGAGCCCGACCUGUCUAACUUUCCACCUGUCCGUGCCAUGUCGCCAGAUCCAAACGAUAAACGUGACAGUAUUUCCGAGAAAUCCAGACAAGAUAAUACUCUAUUUUCUGACUCUAGCGGGAGUCCCAGCCCUGUCCCCUCCUCCUCGGACCAGCCCGGCCCGCUCAGCCGCAGCGUAAAACUCCGCGUCUCCAGAACAUGGUUUCUUAAAAAGAAGAAAGAGAAGAAAAAGAAGAAAAAAGAGAAGGAAGAAAAAGAAGCUCAGUCAUCAGACACACAGUCUGUGGAUACAACAGAAGGGACAACACCGGAUGUUGAUGAUGAGGGUUACUCCAUUAGACCCGAGGAUCCGAUGGAGAACAGCUGUGACAAAAACAGCUGGUCAAGUGAAAGUGACAGCGACUCAGAUGAUGAAUCAAAAAGGAAAAUCAAAGUGGCCAUCCGUCCGCUAAGUCCAAACGGCAAUGUGUCAGGGACUGUGGAUGACAUCAAGAACUCGGUCAGCCAGCUCCGACUGUCCCCCACUGCCGCCCUGAGAAAAAGAACAACAACUCCCAUUGAUAAGAAGAUGAUGAAGCGAUCCCAAUCAGAAUCGGACACGUUAGACCCCAUCAAACCGAGUCAGGACCUGUUGAAUCUGGACUUUUUCUCCACCCCAAGUGCUUCCAAUGCGUCGGGUAGCCGUGGCAACCUGCCCUCCCCUCUGUCUCCCAUGGCAGACACCAGUCUACAAAACAGCACCUCCCUCAGUGCUGCCUCCACCCCACUCGGUAACUCCAGUCUGAGUGAUCUACUAAGCAACAGUAAUGGACCAAAUGACAGUUCUGGUCCCCCACCCCCAACUAUCCCUCAACGACCAGCCCCCCAGCCACGUUCCAAGUCAGCACUACCCCAAAUUCCCUCUCGGCCGGUCUCUGGUCGAUCUAGUCCAGCAUCUUUCAUGUCUCGGUCAGAGAGCAGUAGCAGCGUGACCUUCAACACCACCUCUAUGCCCAUUGGAUCCUCCCGUGGACCAAGCCCCCUCACCAUAGGCAUGUCAGACACCAUUCCUCUAGCCAUCGCAUUCACAGAAACCAUCAAUGCUUAUUUCAAAGGAACAGAUGCUACACGAUGUAUGGUGAAGAUAACAGGAAAUGUGAUGAUGUCAUUUCCGGCUGGCGUUGUCCGUGUUUUCAAAGAAAAUCCCAAUCCUGCAUUACUAAGUUUUAAAAUAAAAAAUACCUCCAAAUUAGAAAAUACAAUGCUCAACAAACAACUUAUCGAACAGGAUACAAGUCACCAGGAAUCUGACACAAAUUUAUACUCCUUCAACAUGGGUGCUCUGAUGGACCAUCUCAAAAGUCAGGGAGAGCAGAAUAAAUCUGCCUCUUACUUCAACAUAGACAUACUCAAAUAUCAGGUUCUGGUUCCCCCCGGGGUGGAGUGUACACCGCUGCCAGUGGUGGCAUACUGGAAGUGUGAGGACAGCACCACUGACUACCGCCUGGACUACAAGUACAACCCCAUCUCUAUGUCUGCCCCCUCCACCCUCAAGAACGUCUUGGUAACAGUGGGGGUCAGUGGGGGGGUCAGCAGUAUGAAGAGUCUCCCCAAUGGGGAAUGGAAUGAGGAGAAUCAGCGGGCCACUUGGAAGCUGAAUGACCUGUCAGAGCUGAGUGAAGAGGGAAGUCAAGGCAGCAUCAGGGCUAAGUUUGACCUCAAGUCUGGUCCUUCCCGACCCUCCACUUCCGCCAUCCAGUUCCUGUGCGAGGGGGCGUCCCUGUCUGGGCUCGACCUGGAGUUGAUAGGGACUGGCUACAGGGUGUCUCUAAUGAAGAAGCGAUUUGGUGCAGGGAAGUAUUUAGUGGAUCCAGACAUGCCAGUGUGACCAGGGAGGGACCUAGUCUUGACCAGUGGGGUGACAGCUACUGACAAUACCUCAUUCACAUCCUAGUCAAAUAACCAUACUACACCUAGUUACAGUAAGAGAAGGAUUGUCCCAGAAUUCCAGACUAAGAUGGCAGGAUAUGUACGGGUGAUUUAUCCUUGAAAGGAGGCGAUGAAAUUUCUUACUUAAGAUGAACAUUUUUAACUGUCAACAAACUGUGAUAUUCUUUUCAUUUUCAAUUUUUAGACUUAUAGCAAGAAAUUUGUAUUAAGACAUUUGUUUUAAUAUUACAUACUGAUAAUGUGAUCAAAGUGAUGCUCAGUAAAAUUGGUGUGGAUUGACACACAUAGAGAAGUGAUGAUGCCAAGAGACUGCAUUAACCACGCAUUGACCCACGGCUUCCUUUUGUGUGUUUAAUUUAUCAAAGUGCUACAACUGAGUUUAUUCUUCAAAUCUGGACAAAGAGCAUUUAAUUUGAGCUGUAUGUUGAUGUAGGAAUCUCGGUAGCAGAGUGCUGCCGAGUGCCGAUGAUCAGACGUGUCUUAUAUGUGCAAUACUGUGUUUGUUUCUGUUUGUUCUUGUUAUGGACUUUGGAAUGCAUUAGAUAUUUUUGUUCCCAUCAGUUGGAUACAUUCAUUUGAGUACCUAGAAUCAUUAAGGCAUUGCUGGCAGUGCCUAUGUGUCUCACAGGUCGUCAUUUAACUCGCCCGUAAUAAACAAGUCUUUCAGAUCCCCCGUUAUUCACUUCAGACAUUCAUCAUUAGAUAAAACUCUGAGCAACUGUUUAUGGAAGAUAACGGUCAGUGAAUCAGGGAGGCAACUAAAGUGUUACAACAUUGCUUUUGAUUUUCCUUUUGAUGUAAAUUUAACGAUUGAAUGCAAGAACUUAUUGAGAAUUUGUUUUUCAAGCCAAUCCAAAGAUGGGAUGACCUAAUUAACCUUACCGGGGAAAUAAAUUACACAUCAAAUUUUGAAAAGUCUGCAACCAAUGUAUGAUGUUUCUUGUAUCCAUUGUUAAUAUAUUUUUUAUAUUUUGAAUAUUGUCAUUUAAUAUGUAACAGUUUGUAGAAAAAUUGUCAUCUGGCUAAAUGGAAUGCUAUUUACAAAAUAAUUUGGAAGCUACUGUAAGUUUUAAAGAAAAAAAAACAGCAAAAAAUCUUGAUCAUGUAUAGACAAAAUUAUGCAAGUUUAAAUUAGAAUUUUAAAAAAUGCUUAUAAUAUUCAAAAAGAUCUCUAGAAUUUCUAGUAACAUUUCGGAUGAUUUUUUGAAAAGGAUUGUAAGAGGUGCUAUGUGCCCUUACAAAGAAGGAGAGGGAAAUUAGCAUGGACUAAAGAGAAGGGGCUGAUGUAUGGCCCCCGAGUUAUUGAUUUUGUUUUAGCUUUAAAUGGUUGCACACAUCCUCAUGUCUGAAAACAUUCCAAGCAUGGUUGUACGCUGAGCGAGUGUGACAACAGACCAGGUCUGGAACAGACUGUGAUAAUAUCCUGAUCAGAUACAUCCUUGUCUGGAACAGACUGUGAUAAUAUCCUGAUCAGAUACAUCCUUGUCUGGAACAGACUGUGAUAAUAUCCUGAUCAGAUACAUUCUUGUACUACCUUUUUAUCGCAUAACUUAUUUAAUCAUUUUAAUCUUUAAAAAAAAAAAUGGAAACACUACGUAAAUAAAACAACAAAUAAACUCCAAA